ACGUCUUCGUGAGUGCGAGUGUCUUUUACGCCGUGAUUACGCACUGCUGCCCUGCUCUGGUGGUCGUCGUCACAUAAGGAUUCCAGUCCAGUCAGUGACCAGUGACCUGAAGCAAACAGAUACUGCUGCUACUGCUACUUCCUCCCGCACUCCCCGUUCGGUCGUGAACCAUCAAAUUUUGAUUGGUGCAAGUUUGCACCAGCGGAUGCAACAGUAGUGCUUGAUCUGGAUCGAGAAGGGGAAAGGAAAUUAGCUGAGCUGCUCCUCGGCCGUCAGCUACCUGAAGAAAACGGAAUCACGGAAAACGAAUGUGGUUGUGUAGUGGAAGAGAGUGUGAUCGCAUUUUUUUUAUUGUGUUAAAUCGUGAAGGCAAACAGAAGCAGCUGCUGGUUGUUGCAAGAAAUCCGUCGUAUUCGUAACAACACACAAAGAGGCCUCCACAGCCCGAGCAUAACCAUUAUUAGGGGCGAAAGGCGCUUUUGCAAUAGUUUGUUGACGAGUUGCGUGUGAGUGCCAAUAAGAAGAGAGAAGAAAACAGCGUCGGAAUUUGCGUUUCUUGGUGGUGGCCCCGAGUGCGUAAGCGAAAAAGUCUGGGCAGAGUGAGGAGGGGUUUGGUUAUGGAAUUCCUCGGAGUAUCGGAUCGUUGUUGUUGUUGAGAAAUAUAAUACUCCCGCCGCUGAGAGGAAAGUGACCCGACCAACGCCGAAGCUUCAGCAGCCCUUCCGGAUCGCGCAGCAAAAAUGGGUCUCCUGUUUGCCAAAAUAUGGAGUCUUUUCGGAAACGAAGAACACAAACUAGUGAUGGUCGGCCUAGAUAACGCCGGCAAAACCACCAUCCUCUACCAGUUUCUGAUGAAUGAAGUUGUACACACUAGUCCGACGAUUGGAUCCAACGUGGAAGAGAUCGUGUGGAAAAACAUUCACUUUCUGGUGUGGGACCUGGGCGGCCAGCAGAGUUUACGGGCCGCGUGGAGCACGUAUUACACAAACACAGAGUUUAUCAUAAUGGUAAUAGAUUCGACAGACCGCGAGCGGUUAGCGGUGACGCGGGAAGAACUGUACAAAAUGUUGCAGCAUGAAGACUUAACCAAGGCUAGUUUGUUAGUGUAUGCCAAUAAGCAGGAUCUAAAAGAAUCGAUGAGUGCAGCUGAAAUUUCCAAACAGUUAGACUUGACCUCAAUCAAGAAGCACCAGUGGCACAUACAGUCCUGUUGUGCGCUCACCGGUGAAGGACUCUACCAGGGCCUGGAGUGGAUAGCUCAGAGGAUCAAGAAGAAAUGACACCUGCCGGAGUAAACGUAAGGGGUAAGUCGUUUAUAGUUUCCGUUUCACACCGUUACGUUGCAGUGUGUGCCAGACAGACAGGAUCCGCUAUGAUACGCUGCUACUAUGGCCGCUGACUGUGGCCCGGGUGCAAACAACAAGUGAGAAUUUUAGUUUAAUUCAAAUCAAAAGUUUAGUUCUUAACAUUAUACCAUAACGAUGGAAAAAAAUGCGAAACAAAAAAAAUGUAACAAAUUACAGUAACAAACCCACAACCAACACGGAAUUUUAGUCCCAUCGUUGACGAAAUCGAAGACUCAGACGUAAAAAAAGACUGGACCUUUGAUUUUCGUCGCGAUGCGCUUUGUCGACUGCUGCUGUAGAAAAUGAACGUAAGAAUUUACUCGAUACAUACUGAGUGUCAUCGCUCGCCACUCCUCUACUGCUCGUUUAGAAAACAAAACAUGAUCAUUGAAAGACGUAAUAAAACCUGCAGUUGAAUCAUGAAUUGUAGGAAUCCUAAAGAAGAGAUGUAAAGAACACGAAGUGAACCUGAAGGGAAACAUUUUAAGCUUUAGAACGAAACGGAAAUCGGCGAGAAUGAGAGGAGAGGAUUCAUAAAAAAAAAAUGUCCCGUUUGUUCUCCCCCUCCCCUAGAUUCUCCCGGUGUAGACCUCCUGUAGGAUAAGAGUUUUAUUUCUGAUUUAUUAUUUAAACCAAUGAAACGAGAGAAGAAGAAAAAACAGAAAGUAAACUGUUAAAACAGGAAAAUACAGAAAGAACAAAGCUAAAAAGUGAAAACAGAGAUAUACUUACAUGAUUAGUUAAUAUAAAAAUCAUUUAAAACAAA